GGUUUUUCGACUUUUCUCCUUUACACUUGCAUCUGGAAUCAAAAACAAUUUAACUGUUCCGUUGAGAGCUUCCUACGUUCACAUUCUUCGUGUACCAAACAGUUUGCACUGCUACAGCUAGCCAUUUUAUCGAAAAUGACCAAGGCUACAGAAACUGCAACUUUUUUUGCAAUAAUUUCAACGAUAUACUUCAUUUUCCUCUUCGGAAUUAUUCCCUUGCCAGAAAUCAUUCAACAAGAGAUUUUACCUGUGUUACCGUGGUGGGCGCUCAUAACUUUUGGAUCAUAUUCGCUUGGAAACAUCGGAUACCAUGUAUAUAGGUUUAGAGAUUGCGAAGAUGCAUAUCACGAAUUGAUGGCGGAAAUUCAACUUGCCAAAGAGGAUCUAAGGAGCAAAAAUGUUUCAGUUGAUUAA